UUUAUCCCUUGGCAUGCUGACUGUAAUUCAAUUGUAUAAGAAACUAGUGGAAGUGUUACUGGGAAUUCACACUCCACUGAUGCUGGGUUCAUGUGUACCUUUAAAAAUGGCUUAUUUGAUUAAGUUAAAAUAUGUAUUAUUUAGCAGUCUUGUUUAUGUAGAAUCAUAAAAAAGCAUGAAUUUGUCAGCAUUUAAAACUUUCAUUUCGUUGCAGAUUUUGAAAUGCAGUUUGACAGCCAGAACAGACCAAUCCCAGUGGAGGAAUUUAACUCAAGCCAUACACACAGAAAGGUUGCUAUCAAUCUGCCAAAAAAAUACCACCUCAUGAGGGUUCUCUCAGGUACCAGAACUAGUCAAGAGACGAGGCAGCUGGAGAUUUUAGGGUACAAAGUAGUAAUGCUGUUCCCUAAAAUUUGGGAGAGUUAUCACCUGUGGCGCCAACAAGAGUUUCUACGCCAAGCAAUUUCGGACAUGGGCCACAACAGUGAAGGUGAAGGUCAUUUAAAAGACUUGAAUGAGGAGAAUUAUCUUCAGGAAUAAGUGUAGUCGGGCACCAUUAUGGCAUUGUUCUCAAAACUGGAGCACUGAACUUCAUGGCUAAUUUCAGUCAUCACACAGAGAAGGAUGAAGCACAGAAACAGCUUUCUAAUAGAACUCAUUGAUACCUGCUUUCCUUAGACAAACAGACAAGAGUGGUGUUAUUUAAAAUUUUUAGUUUUUAGAUCUCUGUCG